CAAAUUAACGACAAAGAAAAAAUGGAGGUGCCAAAAUGGUUUUGCAAUAAUGGUCAAUAUUCAUCAUCAGCUUAUUUUGAAGAUUCAAAUUCGGAUGAAAAACAAAGCACUACUUCAACAACAUAUGAAGAAAAUAGCUCUUGCAGUAUUGACACCUUUGUGAUUUCUCCUAAUUCUCAUAAUUCUUGCAUAGCCUCUUUCAAAACCAUAACCCCUCAAAUUUCCCAUCUAGCCAUUCACAACAACAUUUUAUAUGCUGCAUCUCUCAAUGAAAUCACUGCCUUCGAUUUAAAUACCUAUGAACUUAUCGACACAUUAACUUCAUCUUUUGGCUUAGUAAAAUCAAUUGUUUUUACCAAAUCAAAAAUCUUCACAGCCCACCAAGAUUGCAAAAUUAGGAUUUGGAAACUCAAAGCCAAAACAGAAAAGCACCAUCUCCUCUCGACUCUACCAACUUUGAAAGAUCGAGUCCGACGUGGCAUUCUUCCAAAAAAUUACGUCCAAAUUAGACGUCACAAGCAAAAAUUAUGGAUCGAACAUGCAGAUACUGUUUCAGGAUUAGCUGUUAAUGAUGGAUUAAUGUAUUCAGUUUCAUGGGAUAGAACCCUCAAAAUUUGGAAAAAGUCAGAUUUUUCUUGUUUAGAAUCCGUUUUAGGCCACGUUGAUGCUAUUAACGCUAUUGUUGUAUCUCACGAUGGCGUCGUUUACACGGCUUCGGCUGACGGGGAAAUAAAAGUUUGGCAAAGAGAAAAAAAUAAGCAUAGCUUGGUCACAACAUUGAAAAAACACAAGUCAUCAGUGAAUGCAUUAGCUUUAAAUAAGGACGGGACAAUUUUAUUUUCAGGAGGAUGUGACGAAAACAUUUUAGUAUGGGAAAGAGAGGAAUGUGUUGAUUAUAUGUUGGCGACGUGGUCGUUGAAAGGACAUAAGGGUGCAAUUUUGUGCUUGAUUUAUUUUGAUGGUGUUUUAAUAAGUGGAUCGACUGACAGAAGUGUGAGGAUUUGGGAAAAGAGUAGUAGUAGUACUACUACUAGUAGUAAAGAAUGUGGAUAUUUUUGUUCGGUAGUUCUUGAAGGGCAUUGUAAACCAGUGAAGUCUGUUGCAGCAGCUUGGGAUGAUGAUGAUGUUGAAGAAAAUGGAAAUAAUAAUAAUAAUGGGGUUCUUUCUGUUUUUAGUGGAAGCUUGGAUGGAGAAAUUAGAGUUUGGCAGGUUAUUGUUUCAACUUCACGUCAGAGUUAACCAAUAUUAUUAUUCAUCAGUUAAUUAAUUAUAAUAUUAAAUUAAACUACUUUUUCAUGUUCAUUGAAUCGUGGAUAUGAUUUAUAUAUUCUCACCACAUUGUUGUUUAUGAUC